AUGAAAUAAUACUUUGGAAACUAUUAUUUACAUAAUAAGUUUAAUUAUAAAAAUUAAAAAUUACUUAAUACAACAACUAAUUAAAUAAAAAAUUUAGAAGAGAAUAUUAAGAAAAUAUUAAAUUAAGAUAAUUAAAAUUAAAUUGAUCCAGGAAUAGAUUAAUUAAAAUAAUUAAAAAAAACAGUAUAAACAAUACUACAUUUUUUAGUUUUGAUAACACAUUUAUAAAUUUAAGAUGAAAUAGAUAGAUAAGGAAUAUAAUUAAUGGGAGCGAAAGAUACUUAAAUAGAUGAUGGACUUGUUUAUAAAAGUUAAAAUAAGAAAGGACCAUCAAUUUAAAUAAAUGGUGAAUGUCUUUCUUGUUCAGGAUAAUUAAUAUAAUUAUUAUAAUGUUUUAAAUUAGCAUGUUUAGCAUAUCAUCCAUCAGAUAUUCUUGUUGAUGGAAAAUCUUUUAAAAGAGAUUAAUUAUUAGAAAUGUGUACAACUUUAUUAAGAUAAGCUAAACAAGAAUUUCUAGAUUAAGAUUAUAAUAUUUAAUAAACUACAGCAACUAGAUAAAGAAGUUCAUCUAUUCCUAUUUCUCCUCGAAGACUUAAUUCUAAUUUUAAAUUUAAUAAAACAAGGAAAUUAGCUCCAAUGACAAACUUAUAAAAUUUUUGA